AUGAAAAAUGUAAGAGUUGAAAAAGGUAAAAGCGGUCUGUCUGCAAGUUCCAGUCGUUCCACCAGCCCGCUAGGGCAAGGAGCUAUCAGCUUCAUACCACGUGCGCCUGGAUCAUCAUCUGGAUCACGGCCUAAUUCGUCGUUAUUAGCUCCUGGUAGCAAAAUUCCAUCACAGUUCUCUCAAACGCAACAACAUGCUCCGACGUCUCACAAUGGAACGCCCACAAAACAGUCCAUGUUAGAUAAAUUAAAACUAUUUAAUAAAGAUAAAGUAGCAAGCGAAAAACAAAGUAGCAAAAGUACUGCAGUUUCGAAACGCACCAGUUCCUCAAGUGGAUUUUCUUCCGCUAAAAGUGAAAGAUCAGAUUCUAGUUUAAGUCUCAAUGAGUCUUCUAAUACUCCGAAUACACAUAUCAAAUCAUCUAAUUUAAUAGGACCUAAAACUAUUAGACAAAACGAUACAUUAUCAAGAGACAAAUCAGGCAAGAAUGUGAAAUCAAAACUUGUUAAUUCUAAAGGCACAAAAGAAGCUUCCUCUAGUAUAAAUAAAAGUAGCAUUAGAAGUAGCAGCAAUGACAAAACUAGCAAUAGUCCGAAGUUGCCAGCACGAGAUAAGGAAUCCAAAAUAGCGGCUCCAAAAUCGGUCAGUAAUACUAAAUUAAAUGUGAUCGAGGAUCAAACCAGAAGUUCUAAAUCUAAAAUAGAUUCGAAAAUGGUUAAACUGUCAGGUAGUCAAAUGAAACUUGCUGAAUCACGAUCAGAUACUGCAGAGGGUAAAUUCCAAGAUAAUAUAAAUGGUCAAUCUAAAAAUUUAAAUAAUCAGUCUCACUCACCGACUGGUCAGAAUCCUUCAGGGCCGAAUCAUACAGGUAUUCCAAAACCAACAGCUGCUGUUAAGGGUACUACUAAAAUAUCAAAAGAAGAUAGACAUAUCAUUCAUAAAAGCACCAAUAGUCAGUUAAGUCCGAUCCAGAGUAAUUCUAGUUUAAAUUCUACUAAUAAUGUUAGCAUUCAUCCAUUUUCAAGAGAACAAUCUAAUUUAAGUAAGGAAAUUACGCAAAAGCAAACAUUAGCUGUUUCCCCGAUGCCAAUGGUGAACGUGGGAACGCAAAAUUCUUCGUCACAAAUGUCCGAAAGCUCACAUUCAAAUUCUACACAUAGCACUACCGGCCAACAGUCCAAUUCAAGCGACGGUAGUGUAAUUUACCGCCCAUCCAGUGAAUCUGGAUCCGAAAUGUCGAGAACAAAUAAUAUAACUCCUAAUAAAAGAAUGGACAUGAAUGCUACUUAUAUUAACAAUGUGAUAAACGAGGCGGAGCUAUCGGAAAAAGAGGCUGCACAAAAGCGUCAUGAUAAUACAGGUCAUAAACAAUUUUUUGAUCAUAGUAGAACAUUGACUGAAUUUAGCAAAAAACAAGAGACUGAUAGUAGAUCAAGUACUCCUUCACAUUGCCGUGACAAUUCACUGGGGGAAGACGAAAAUCCCUUGAUGAACGUAAUGCCUAUGAGGCCGUUACUACGAGGUUACAACAGUCAUUUAACACUACCAAUGCGUACUUCUGGUUUAGCGCAGAAGAACAUACCUGGAUAUCCCCAUCACGCAAACACAGUCAAAGCAAAUUUUGGACGAGAAAAUAUGGGGUUGCGUGAACGUCUGAAUUACGGUCCAGCAUUUUCUAACCCUGAUUAUUGCGAUCUUGAUAUUGCUUCCGGUUAUAUGUCAGAUGGUGAUUGCUUGAGAAGAUUAAAUGUGAACGAAAUGGAUUGUGGUAGGAAUAAUGAUAUUAUGGAUGGAUAUAUGUCUGAAGGCGGAGCAUCGCUGUACGGUCGCAGAAUCAAUUAUCAGCAAGCUUCGCAGUUUCAACAACUUGAUGACAGACGCAACGGUCGUAACCGAGGCAUGGAGGGCAGCGGCGUUGUGUACCGGGUGGUAGGACGCGCACGCACUAAGGCAGACUGCGGUCAGCAGACUGAACGCCCACCGCGACAAGAUACCACGUGGAAGAAGUAUACCGACUCGCCUGGAGUCGGCGCACCGCCUAUGGUAUUUACAGCUUCAAUUGAUAAUUCAACUGUUUACUAA